UGCCGAGGCGGAUGAUGAUGAUGGCGGAGCUGGUUCAGGGACAGGCCUCGGUGGCUCAGCCCGGAACGAAAGAUGACUUCGCAGACACGAUACGCCGGGUCCGACAGAUGACAGCCAAGAUGGGAGGAGACCAGAUGCCCAAUAUGAACAGUUCAUCUCCAGCUUUGGACCCCUCCAUCUAUGGCUUUGGAGGCCCGAAACGUUCUCUAGAUAAUGGAGUAGGGAACCAUCUCAGUGCAAUGGUACAUCAAAGGGCUUUUACAACAGAAGACUUCAAAGUGCCUGAUAAGAUGGUGGGAUUCAUCAUUGGAAAAGGAGGCGAGCAGAUCUCAAGAAUUCAGCAGGAAUCCGGUUGUAAGAUCCAGAUUGCGUCAGACAGUGGAGGCAUGUUGGACAGACCCUGCACACUGACUGGCUGCCCAGAGAACAUAGAGCAGGCAAAGCGGCUUCUGAGUGAGAUUGUUGAGCAGUGUAGGUAUGGUCCAGGCUUCCACAAUGAGAUGGACGGCAACAGUUCCAUUCAACAGAUCCUGAUCCCUGCAAAUAAAGUUGGCCUAGUGAUCGGCAAGGGAGGAGAGACCAUUAAACAACUGCAGGAGAGAACAGGAGUGCAGAUGAUAAUGAUUCAGGAUGACCCCAUGCCCACUGGAGCAGACAAGCCCCUGAGAAUCACUGGGGAUCCCCACAAAGUGCAGCAAGCCCGUGAACUUGUGGUGAAGCUCAUCCGGGACAAAGACCAAGGAGACUACAGAUCUGGCAGGGGAGAUUUUGGAUCCAAAAUGGGUGGAAGCAGUCUGGACGUGGUUGUGCCUAGGUUUGCUGUUGGCAUCAUCAUCGGCAGGAAUGGAGAGAUGAUCAAGAAGAUUCAGAAUGAUGCUGGAGUCAGGAUCCAGUUCAAACAAGAUGAUGGCAUCAGUCCUGACCGUGUUGCUCAGGUGAUGGGCCAGCCCGACCACUGUCAUCAUGCAGUCCACCUCAUCAAUGAACUCGUUCAGACGGCUCAGGAGCGAGAUGGAUUUGGUGGUGUAAUGGGACGUCGAGGACGAGGCGACUGUAACAUGGGAGGGCCUGGAGGUCUGCAAGAAGUGACAUAUGCAGUACCAGCUGAUAAGUGUGGCCUGGUGAUUGGCAAAGGUGGAGAAACCAUCAAGAACAUCAAAGAGCAGUCUCGUGCUCACGUGGAGCUGCAGAGAAACCCACCGCCCAACACCGACCCCAAUGUGCGCAUCUUUUCCAUCCGAGGCACCCCUCAACAGUUGGAAAAGGCCCGCCAGCUGAUCAAUGAGAGAAUUGGGGGCCCAGGAAUUGGGGGGAACAGCACCUUCGGUAUGAAUCCCUACAACCAAGGACCAACCACUCCUCCCCAACAUGGCCCUCAGACGUUCAUGACUGGAGGAUGGGGGACAACUUUUCAGAUAUGGCAACCUCAAGGCCAACAGGAUAACAGUCACAAUGGCUCCCAGACGGGCCAGAUGGACUGGGAGCAGUAUUACAAAAAGUUAGGUCAGCAAACCCAGGCCCAGAGUACUGUUCCUGAAUACAACAAAGGUUGGGGCCAGACGGCUAGUCCCGGAUCUCAGCAGACCUCUAAUUCUGACUACAGCACCUGGGUUGACUUCUACAGACAGCCGAUGGCCUUCUUCAGCCAGGGUGCUCAGACGCAAGCCCCAGGUCUUCAGGAUCAUUAGAGAAGACGCCCAGGUUAAAGACUUGAAUCACUGAGGAUGAAAACAACCCUUCUUUUUUUUUUUUAAACAGGGUGGGGGGGGUCUAGAUUUCCAGCGCCUUGAAAACUUUUUUUUUUUUUUUUUUUUUUUUUCUUAGUGAGAAACACUAGCUGUAGAGUGACUUAUAUAAUAAAGUAAUAUUUCUAAAAUCAGGAACAUUUAUUUGUUACUAAAUGCUUAUGUACACUGUUAUUUUGGAUAUACAGUAUAUGGGAUCCCUAUUUUUUUUUUUUUUUGGACUUGAGAGAGAGCUGUUUUCAUUUGUUCUAUAUUUUCCUGUCUUUACUCGGAUUUGCGCCAAAAUGAACCCCAGAGUUGUAACAUUUCAAAAGGCAAUAUGAUCUAUUUUUUCUAGUUCUGUCGAAAUGAAACCAUGAUUAUGUGCUUAGCAGUCUUGAAUACCAUGUUUUGGGCUUUUUUUUUUUUUUUUUUUUUUUUUGUCACAUGUCAUAAAAUGUUUAAAACGUGUUUAAAAAUGUUUUUUCCUUUUACAUAAUUCAAUAAAAUGAAACUGUGAUGUUUUGUUACAGGAAAUGUAAUUUUUGUUUUUUUUUUUGUGUGUUACAAGGUUUAAAGUGGAUUCAUGUCAGCCAGUGGCAAUAGUUCUAAUUUAAUUCCUGUUGUGCAUUGUAUGCUGUUUCAUUGUCAUUUUAUUGUACUCUGGUUUAAAGAAAAGGUGCAAUAUCUUAUUUCACUUUUGAAACAAAGAUGGGUUCUCUAAUAUUUUGACAGACUUUUUAACUUGUAGUUUUAAGAUGAUUUUUUUUUUUCCAAAUGCAAAUGUCAUGGAUAAUUUAUUACACUGAUCUGAUAUGAGAGGAUUUAGGGGGAUGUUGCAAAUAGCUUUUUUGACUUUGCUACCUUGUACAACUAUGUGUAUAUAUAUAUAUGCUCAUAUAUUUGACUGUUAAUUUAAACAUCUGUUUCAUAUCUAUAGAUAUAUAAAUACUUUUUGUUUUUUCCUGUGAUCAGAGUUGCAGGAAAAUUGUCCCUCUUUUUCUGUUCUGUUUUCACACUGAAAAUGUUCAGAUUGUAAAUGUGCGAUUUGAAAUUUGAUGUUGCAUCUUGUUAUGAAGCAAAACAAGACGUGGUGGAUUUUUUUUUUUUUUUUUUU